CUGCUAAAAAUUGAUUGCUUGUCAUCUGUUCUCGCUUGUGCGUGCGUCGAGCUUAACUUUUAUUUUAUCAGCUUUCGGUGAAUUUCUUCCUGAAAAUCCACAUUUCCACCAAUUCUAUUGACAAUAGAAACAUCUAUUAGCUGAUUCCACGAUGGGAGGUAAACCCGGCGAUGGGCGAAGUAGUACCAGCGGCAGCACCGCUGGUGCACUUGUUUACGUGGGUAAUGUUCCAAAAACGGCGACCGAGGACCAGUUACGCAAGUUCUUCUGGGAGUGCAAGUGGAUAGUGUCGUUCUGCUUCCGGUUGGACGACUGCACCUAUUGCCCGACCAAGAUUGCCUUUGUCAAGUUCGAAAGCCGCCAUGACGAAGCCAAGGCUUUGCGAAUGAACCAAACGUUCUUCCAGGGAAAACGUAUUUUCCUGACAAACGUAGACUCGGAUCGGAACUUUACACCACGGUAUUCGGUUAUGGUGAAAAAUUUGAACGAAUAUGUAACAGAGGAAGAUGUUUAUGACCAUUUCAAGAACAUUGGCACAAUCGAGUGCGUUCAGAAGCCGGCCGUUAACUAUGCGUACAUUUCGUUCGAACGCAGUGAAAGUACCCAGCGCUCUUUGGCCAUUAAGAAUCGUAACUUAAAAGGUGUGGACAUCGAAGUUUUUCCCGUGAAGCGCAACAUAAGCAUGAUGUUGGAGAAGCCUAAUCUUCUGAUGUACCCCGACAUCAAAACCAAGUGCGAUGCUCUAGGACUAAGAUAUGAAUCGGAUGCAGAGACUCAAACCAAAUUGCUUGUGACAAACAUUCCGCGUCAAGUAUCCGAAGAAGAAGUGAUCGAAUAUCUGGGCAGAUUCGGAAAGAUCAUAGAUUGGGAGAUGCAAAAGUCACCAAUUUCGGUGCUGACAAACAUUGGCUACGUAACUUAUUUGAACCCCAAAACGGCACGUUUCGUCUAUCUAUUUACACCGCACAACUUUCAAGGUGUUACGCUCGAUAUUUACAAUCCAAGAAUUACGUAUGGCGAGACCAAAUCCGGCACGGAUGUACUGCUGAAGAGGACUAAUGUCUAUCUAACAAACGAUGAAAUUUUCCAAGCAAUGAAUGAAUGCGGGCGGGUUACCUACAUCCAUCGUGUCGAUUCAGUACGAUAUUGCACCAUCGUUCGGUUCAAGUUCUCCAUAGCCGUCUCGUCCGCAUUGAAAAUAAAGCGCAUUUGCGAUGAAAAUGUCUACAUAACAAAAUUCUCGGAACAGAGUUACUUGUCGGAAAUGGCCCCGAUACCGGAGGUUACUCCCAAGAGCAACAUCCGGCUGCACAAGGAAUCCUUGCUGCGGAAAAUAAUCGAUAAGGAAGACCAAGCUGAAUUGACACGUCUCCGAACGAUACCGAACAUCAAAUACGUUUGCCCUAAUCCGGAGUACUAUAAGAAUGAAGUUCUAGUGAUGAAUUAUCCGCUCGGGACCGCACUGGUACAAUUUCGCGAAUACUUCAAGAAGUGCGGUAACGUGAUUAACUUCCGUGAAUCACUCCAAGGGGUCAAGCAAGCGUUUCUGAGCUUCGACACCCGACUGGAAGCAAGGCGCGCCUGCUCUAUGAAUCAGAAUUUCAUGACUGGAAAACGACUGCUGAUCCACUUAGCUAACGAGAGUCUAUUCCUCGAUCCCGAGCUUUGUGUUCUGGUGGCUGGUUUGAAUACUUCGAUCUUGGACGAGGACAUUUAUGAUCGUUUCAGCGACAUUGGGAACGUAAAGUUCGUUCUACGGCAGUCUCCGGGGGUGGCUUGCGUAUGCAUGGAGCAUAAGCGUUGGUACGAGGCUGCUCUACGGGUGAUCUUAAUCAAGACGCAAAGAGUGAUUGUGAGCAGAGUAAGCGCAAGCGUCUAUAAUUCUGCCGGUUCGGACAAGCAGCACCCAUCACAAGUGAAUGCAGUGCCCGUGAAAGAUAUACUGAGGCCAAAUUUGCGCUCUAUCGAUGUUAACCAGCGUGGCUUGAAAGGGUCCACAUCCGGUGGACCGAGACUUAUGGCCCCCGGGGGACCUAUGGUCGGUCCUGGGGGACCUAUGAUGGGCCCCGGUGGUCCAAUGAUGGGUCCAAUGGGACCAAAUGGGCCGCCAAUGAUGGGCCCUGGAGGUCCUAUGAUGGGUCCGGGUGGCCCAAUGAUGGGUCCAGGAGGUCCUAUGAUGGGCCCUGGUGGCCCAAUGAUGGGUCCAGGAGGUCCCAUGAUGGGUCCAGGAGGUCCUAUGAUGGGUCCGGGUGGCCCAAUGAUGGGUCCCGGCGGUCCUAUGAUGGGUCCUGGAGGUCCAAUGAUGGGUCCAGGCGGUCCAAUGAUGGGUCCAGGAGGACCAAUGAUGGGUCCUGGGGGUCCAAUGAUGGGUCCUGGAGGACCUAUGAUGGGCCCUGGAGGACCUAUGAUGGGUCCAGGAGGCCCAGUAAACCAAAAUCCGAUCGUCACUCCUGCGAUGCGUCGGUUGAUGCAAGUAAUCGAAUCCAAUAUGAUGAAUAUUCAAGCAUUCAGUGCAUUGCCCAUGAUCGAACAAUUUCGUUUGGUCCACGGUGUGGUGAACCAAUUCAUAAACGUUCCCCACUUUCUAAGCAUGAAACCGGACGCUAAGAUAAAUUUUUUGAUCAGCGGUCAAAACGGCUUUGCAUAUGCCAAUACGUUCACACUCUUCACCUAUCCUCAGCAGUUACAACUUUUGUCACUGAUUCAACAGGAUUAUCUAAAUACCAUCAAUGCUUCUAGUGGACCAACCAUUAUGCAGGGACCUUCGCCUGGUCCAGUUGGUCAACCAGACAUGCCAGUCAAUUCUGAAACAUCCCAAGAAAUUACUCAAAACAGUAUUCCCGACAGCAUAAAUGAAGAGGAAAAUCUGGCUCCGUGGCAAACAAAAAUAUCGAAACCGCCAACACAAACAGAAACGAUGGAUGACACUUUAUACGCAACAGUCCCUCUUUCCGCGCAGGAUCGUUUCGAGAAAGCUGAAAAACUUCGCCUUGGAAGUGAAGCAGCCCGUUCAAACGAAGACGAAGACGUUUUGAGCGUUAGUUCUUCAGAUUCCAUUCCUCCAGCUCCUGAACCGCCCCAGUUUAGUCCAAGAAAUUCCCGUUCAAACUCACCUAUAUUACCUUCAAGACUAAGCCGAGUCCGCAGCCGAUCGCCCUUCAACGAUCGCCGACGAUCGCGAUCUCGUUCACCAUCUCGCAUUCGCUUGUCACGCUCCCCUGUCAAGCGAUCACCCCAACGACGCAAAAGCUUAAGCCCGUUUUCGGAAGCACUAUUAUCCAGUCCGCUGUUGCGGUACAAUCGAUCGAUUUCCAAGUCUCCGAGCCGACGUCGGCGAAGUCCAAGUCCGCCGCUACGCACCGUAUACCGGACGGAAAAGCAUCGUUCUCGAUCUCGCUCACCAAUUAAGGAUUCACGUUCGCGAUCACCGAAAAGUUCAAACCACAAGUACAAACGGACACAACACCGAAGUCGAUCACCGCUGUCGCUGAGCCCCCCGCCAAAAACGGAUAAGCUAUGGGACGACCCCAAGGUAGCAAAAGAACCUGCCAGAUAUGCAUUCCCCUUGGGGGAGGAAUCCAAAGGAACGUCCAAUUGUAUAUUUGUUGGAAAUCUGCCGCCGGAUACUAACGAGGAGCAGAUUGUGGAAAUCUUCGGCAAAUUUGGUCAAAUUAUGUCGAUCAAGUUUACUAUCAACAGCGCUAAUAUCAAGCGCGCUUUCGUGAGCUUCGACACUUAUGAUCAAGCAGUGAAGGCCCUUGAAAUGCAUUUGCGUCAGUAUCGCGGCCACCUACUGCGGGUGGCCUUUGCCAAUAGGACACAGAAAGAGCGGCCCGGAUUUUCCGUCUCUAUCGUGGUCAAAGGAAAUCAAUACGACGAAGUCGACGUGUACAACACGUUCAAGCUGUGCGGUGAUAUUUCGUAUGUUUGGACACGUAACUACAAGGCAGAAGGAAACGUGUCGGCUUUGUACCAUGUGAUUGAUUUUAAGCAUCGCGACGCCGUGCGUGUUGCGCUGGAGACUCACAAACUGGUUACCGGUAGCCGGUGCAAAGUGGGAGCCAUUGUGCGCUAGAAUACAUUCCGGGUCAAACACCGGGAUGACAUUCCGGCGAUUUCAUCGUGACGGCCGGUUUUCCGACAACUGAAAUGAGGGGUGAGUAGCAUUCCUAUUUUAUUGAAUUCGUGGUGACCAUGCGGUGCAGUGGAAAGUGAAGUUUUUAAUAGAAUUGAAAGAACUUAAAAAACUAAGAUAGAUUAAGUGAAUGAAACAUCAAUGUUCAGAAAGAAAUUGGAUAAGGUCGUUUUUAUAAUUGGAAUAUCAAAAUGUACUAAUGAUUUUAUUUAGGUAUUUUCUUAAAAAAAAAUAAGUGCGCUGAAAAAGAGCUUUACAACAGCUCGUAUUGGUAAUUAAGUUCUACAUGUGUAAUUCUCUAUUCAAACGAUACUAUGUGCAAACAAACAGAUAUAUGGAAAGCUGUUUUAAUUAAACAUGUCGAUAGUUUUAAGUUUUUGACAUAAAAAAUGCCUAUGUGGCAAUGCCGAACUAGCGUAUAAGUUAUGUAGUUUUAGCGUUAACACAAGAAAUAAUUUGAGAACAUAAAUUUAAACAUGGUAAACAAAUAAUAAGAUAAGAGCUCCGAAAUUAAAAAAAAAAUCUGUCAGCAUCAUCUAUAAUUGAUAUCCUUAGAAAAAUAGAAGUACUUUAACAAAUAUUAUCUAGAAAUUAUGUAAAUGUAAUUCAUCAAUUUCAAUAUAUGCAGUGGAAUAUUAUAUAA